AUUCAUGUACUCAUGUUAUCAUCACUAAACACCACACUCAGAAGUUAGAAAAAACAAUCAUAAUCCUUGACACAUCUUGUUGUCCGUUUCACAAUUCCAAUCAAAUCGAAAACCGAUACAAUGGCUCUCAGUCUCUUCGGUGGCCGAAGAAGCAACGUUUACGAUCCCUUCUCGCUCGACAUUUGGGACCCUUUGGAGGGCUUCCCUUUUAAUACCUCUGUUGCCGGUAUUCCUUCCUCUGCCCGGGAAACUGUCGCCAUUGCCAACACCCGAAUUGACUGGCGGGAGACCCCUGAAGCUCAUGUGUUUAAGGCUGACCUUCCUGGGAUAAAGAAGGAAGAGGUGAAGGUUGAGGUGGAGGAUGGAAGAGUGCUCCAUAUAAGUGGCGAAAGGAAUCUAGAGAAAGAGGAGAAAAAUGACACGUGGCACCGGGUCGAGAGGAGCAGUGGCAAGUUCUUGAGGAGGUUCAGGUUGCCUGAGAAUGCCAAGGUGGACCAGGUCAAAGCUAGCAUGGAGAAUGGGGUUCUGACUGUGAUUGUGCCCAAAGAAGAGGAGAAGAAGAAGACAGAGGCCAAGACCAUUGAGAUUUCUGGCUAGUUUCUCUUUCGGACUCUUGUCUUUUUGUUCCUCUACUCGUCUUUGUAGUGUGAAAGUACUAGUAUAUGGCUUUGUGUUUAUUUUGUGUGGUUUUUUGUCUGCGUAUAUAUUGUAAUAUGUAAUAUGUAGUAUGUAAAUAUAACAUGUAAAAAUCAGGAGAGAACUUGGACUGGUCUUUGAAUUCGGUGGUUUGUAUGCAUACAUAUAAUAUUACAUAGACUUUCCUUUAUUA